AUGGUAGAGGUGGAAGAAAAAAGUCAAGAAGUUGAGUAUGUUGAUCCAUCGGUGAAUAGGGUACCCAAUUAUGAGGUAUCUGAAAAGGCAUUUCUUUUGACACAAUCAAAGCUUAGUACCGAACAACGUAAGGAAGCAGCAAAGUUCGUCCUGGCCAAGGUUAGGGAGGAAGAAAUGGCCCCUUAUUAUAAAUACCUUUGCGAGGAAUACCUUGUUGAGAACGGCGAAUCAGACCUGGACCACGAUGAAAAGUCAGGCUCUUCUAACGAAUGGUUCAAGUUUGACCAGCAGCUAUACAAUGAUCUGUGCAAAAAGAAUGAAAGUAAGAUUAAAGAGUUGAAUGAAAAGAUCCAGAAAUUGGAAGAAGACGAUGAGGGCGAACUAGAGCAAGCCCAAGCCUGGAUUAAUUUGGGUGAAUAUUAUGCACAAAUUGGUGACAAAGAUAAUGCUGAAAAGACGUUAGGGAAAUCACUAUCGAAGGCUAUCUCUACCGGGGCCAAAAUUGAUGUUAUGCUAACAAUUGCAAGGCUAGGGUUCUUUUAUAAUGAUCAGCUUUAUGUCAAGGAGAAGUUGGAAGCAGUCAAUUCCAUGAUUGAAAAAGGUGGUGACUGGGAGAGAAGAAAUAGAUAUAAAACAUACUAUGGUAUCCAUUGCUUGGCCGUAAGAAAUUUUAAAGAAGCGGCAAAGCUUUUGGUCGAUUCUUUAGCGACCUUCACUUCUGUUGAAUUAACUUCUUACGAAAGCAUUGCCACAUAUGCAUCGGUAACCGGCUUAUUUACUUUGGAAAGGACAGACCUAAAAUCUAAAGUCAUUGAUUCUCCAGAAUUGUUAUCUUUAAUCUCAACAACAGCUGCGUUACAAUCUAUCUCGUCGUUAACAAUUUCCCUCUAUGCGUCCGAUUAUGCCAGUUAUUUUCCUUAUCUUUUGGAAACAUAUGCGAAUGUUUUGAUUCCAUGUAAAUAUUUGAAUAAACAUGCCGAUUUCUUUGUUAGAGAAAUGAGAAGAAAAGUUUACGCACAAUUGUUGGAUUCAUAUAAGACUUUGUCGUUGAAAUCUAUGGCAAGCGCAUUUGGUGUUUCUGUUGCAUUCUUGGAUAACGACCUGGGUAAAUUUAUUCCAAAUAAGCAACUGAAUUGCGUCAUUGAUAGAGUUAAUGGGAUCGUAGAGACAAACAGGCCAGAUAACAAGAAUGCUCAAUACCAUCUAUUAGUUAAGCAAGGUGAUGGCCUAUUAACAAAAUUACAAAAAUAUGGUGCAGCGGUGAGAUUGACAGGGUCCGAUCGCGUUUGA